UCGUUGAUCUUAUCUCGACAUCAUCGAAAAUUUCAGGUAGGAUUUUAGGGCGUCAUUGGUGCAAUUAGAAUGUAAUUAAAGGGAUAUUAGAGAAAUUUCAAGAAAUUCUAACCACAACAACCAUCAAAAUGAACUGUCAUUUAGUGACUAAUGACAGCUGGCAGUUGACAGUUUCCGCUGUAAAAAUAGCGGGCUUAUUUGAAUAUUUCCUUUUUUUUACUGCUACUUUCUAAACCUUUACUUUGAAAAAUGUAAUAGGUUAACUUUCAAAGUUAUAAUCUCACAGCGAAAUAUACAUUUUCCCCGCUGUAUAAAUAGAAAAUAUUUUUGCGGUGGCAUAAUAUUCCACAACGCAAGCAAGACGUUAAAGAUAGGACAAGUGGCGACGUUAUCGAUAGGACUGACAUUCAUGAAUGUCAUAUUUUUUUACGACGUGGGCUGUCGGGAGUAGAGCUGGGGCUGGUUCUAAAGGAACGAUACCGCAUAGGAAAUUGAAUGAAUCGCAUCCGAUCAUCUCAUAGGAGUCGAUUCUGGUGGUCUAUCCCAAAUGUUUGUGACUCCGAUUCCGGUGGUUUUGAGUUUUGACUCCCAUUUUUGGAACCGGAUUCGUCAGUUGCCAAGCCAACGCUUAACACCUAAUUUUAUUUGAUCGAACUGCUUUGAAGACACUAUCGCUCGGAUUCCAAUAUCGCCACUACGGGAAUACAAAUUCUCCAAAGGAGUAACGAUGUACAAAAGUGGUAUUAAAAAUAGUUGAAGCAUUGAUAAAAAAGGUUUAGCGAUAUAGAAAAAAGCAAUCUGUAAGGCAUCUCAGCCAGCAAAACCGUCUGUAAUGCGAACAGUAACAAGGAAAAUCAGAUAAUAGAUUGUUCUACAGCUGUCCAUUAGAAGUCAUCAAAAUCAAUAUCCAAAUCCUAACGCUAGCAUGCUUUUCAAACACUUCGCGCUAGAACUAAAGUGUACUUUCGUAGUUGUUGGUAUCGAAACCAUCGAGUUCAAUAGCGACCGUCGGAAUCAACAAUCAAUUCCUAUUGCGACGUCGUUCUUUUGUAGCGCUCGUUUGGAAUUUCGAAGACCUCAGUCAAAGGAAAUCUGAUUUAAAAGGAAUCGUGAACGAAUCUCUUUCAAGGCAUGAUUCGAAACCAUGGAAUGGAAAUGGAAUCACUGAAACGAACGUUUUGAGCCAGCUCUGAAAUUUGGUUGGAAUGGUUAUGACUUGUAACGGUACGUGAAUAGUACGACCUGCCAUGCAGAUUUGUAGAUAUGGCAACAGUGCGUUGAAACUGACGAAACGAGAAGUUCGAUGUGAAUGCUCAAUUUUUUAGAAAAGUCGAUGUUUGGACAUCGACAAACAUCGCCAUCGUAUCAUCGAUGGAGCUCGAUACAUCGGAACAAAUCAUCAUCGAUACAUGGAAGCAGCCUCUCUUUAACGUUGCCUGCUUUCAAUCCAGCAACGAAUUCAACGAUUGCUAUCGGUUUUAGCGGAAUGGUGAUUUUAUCCGUUGGUGUAAUUCCCACAGCGCUUUUUUCUCGAUUUCAGAACCAUUGAGUAAUAAUAAAAAAAGCGACAGCAACUUUACAAUAGGAUAAUUAAAUACUUUACGCUGUUCACAAGCUGAAGAGUAUCUUUUUAAAGUAUUUCCACACAUUACUUUUUCGUGGCAUUUCGAUUAAUUAACAAUAAAACAGCGUCACGACAACUACAUAUAAUAAAAUCAUCAGAAGAACUUAAAAUCAUAAAGUGCGUAAAUGCGCUGUUUUCAGUUUAUUUUAUUCUAUCCCUUGGGGAAGUAUAGGAUAAAGAAAAUACUACAGUCCAUCUCACGUCUGUAAUGAUAAUAUUGAGAUACUACUAAACAGGUUUCUGGUCUUUCAAUUUCGAAGCUACCAGUCCUCGCUUAGAGAUGGUAGCCCAGUUAAGGAUAUACUCGUGGUACACCGAUAUGAUCCUUUCGAUGUUGAUAUAUCGAUAUAUCGUCAUGAAAUCAUUGAUGCCUAAACAUCGAUGUUCUACGACAGAUGUAUCAAUGUUUUGUGCAUCGAUGUAUCGUUGCCAUCCCUAUGCUCAAUGCGUUGCUUGAUUGGUUGCUUGUGACUGUGUUGUGACUCGCCAUUUUCAUUUUUUGUAAAGUUGAAAACAUUUUAUAGACAGUUGAAAGUGAACUUAUUUUUUAUCCAAAGACUCGAUAGGGGUUCGGUUUCGGGCAUUCAUCCCGAACGAAUACCUGCAUGACAAAUCUAUAAUUGAGACCAAUGUUAUCUAUGGAAUCGGAUGCUGCGGCAGCCUUGAGAGCGGAGGUGGAAAAUGAACUAAUGAAUAAAAAGCAGUGCUGCUACCAGUCUUACGAAUGCACUCAGUUAUCUGUAGAUGGUUACAAAUAUUGUCUCAAACACAUUCUACAAGACAAAUGUGCUCCUUUCAAACAGUGCCAGUAUGUUUACAGUAGCAAUGGAAAAAGAUGUUAUUUACCUGCUCCUAGGACCGACAAAAAGGACUAUGGGUACUGUAAUGAACAUGCUCUAAAAGCAACAUUGGCAAGAAAUAAGCAGAAUGUAAAGUAUCCACCACCGCAUACAGCUGAAGUACUUUUGAAUCAGUUGUCUCACUAUAUUAAAAAACCGAGAUAUAGGACUACAUCAUCUAGUGCACAGUAUUCCGAAGAUGAUAGAGCUAGUGCUGAUGAUGUUAGCGAUAUUAAAGUUACCAAAUAUCAGGAUGUUUUUGCUGAUCUAGAUGCCAGCCAGAUCUAUAAUGAGCAAUGUACUGAAGUUCUAGACUUUUGCAGUGAUUCUGAGAGUGAUGUUGAGCCUUCAACUCUCACUACAAUUUGGCAUGAUGCACAAGCUGAUAGUUCUGAUGAUGAAAGCAUAGAUUCUGAAAGUGAAGAUCUACUUAAGCAUGCCAAUGUCUAUACUGCUGAGGAAAUUUGUAUGAUAAGUAGGGAUAAACUAGUAAGAUUACAAUCGCUCUAUGUUGAGCAGUACAGACAUUUACAGUACUUGUUGAAGGAGAGGCGUAGGAAGUACCUGCAUGCCCUGAAAAGGGAAAAAGAAACAUGCUGUAACAUUUAUAAUCAGGUUAGAGACAACCCAAAAGAGCAAAGAUUGUACAAAAAAUUGAAAGCGUUGAACAAUUACCAUAGACUUCAUGGGGUUGAUGCUAUUUUGAGUAAAAGGUUGAUAGAUUUGAGAUCAAAGCUUGUAGAUGGUACAGUAACAAAACAACAAUCUACUGCAAAGUGUUUAUUCACUGAAGGAGGAGUUAAGUGUGGUGAAAAGCCAUUACCAUUGACAAGACAUUGUAAAAAGCAUAUAUUGGAGGAUGCCAAUCAAGUAUUGUUCAGAGCCUGUGGGAAGGUAAAUGGGGACAUUGAAUGUACCACACCAGUUGCAGCCAUUUUUGAGGAUUCUACUUGUCCUUUGCACAAAGAUGUUCCACCACUUAGGUCCUACAGCCAAGUUAGGAAAGACUCAGAAUCGGAUAUGGACGAAUCAGGUGAAGCUCAUAUGCAGUAUCAUUCUCAAUUCUCAGAGAAUAUUAAAACCGAAUUUAUGAAUUAUGACAUUCCUCCUGAUAUUCCAAAAAUGGAGACGCUGCCUUCCAUGUUGUUCGAAGAGAGUUCUCAAAGUAUUAUAUCAGACACCAACAGCCAGCUAAAUGUUACUACAAAUGCCCCAGAAAAUAACAGUCAGGUUGAUGUUACUUCAGAUGUGCCAUUCGAUGAUUCUAAAGAUGUGGAUUUGGAGAAAGUUGAUUCAGAUGGACAAACUCAGGAGGCUGAGGAAAAGAUUGACGUUAUGGAAACCAAUGAAGAAAAUGGUGAGAAAAGAGAAGAGCCAUUGGAAGUAAUGAAAUGUAAAGAAGAUGACAAUACUCCUGAGGAUGAAGAUGACAGCCAAGAAUUGCCUAAAACGGAAGAUAGUGUGGUCGAAGCUGAGCAGCAACAUGAAGAAAGUGAAAUGGAAAAACUUGAUAUACAUGUGGAAAAAGAUGCAACAGAAGAACCAAAAGAUGAUGUAGAAGAUGCUGCUGAAAAGCAGAUUGAAGAAGGCAAGGAAGAAAUGGAGGUACAAAUGGACGAACCAGAACAAGCUUUGCAUGAGGGUAUGGAAGUACCUGCAGAACCAGGAGAACAGAAGGAAGGUAAUAACAUUGCAUCAGGAAUUGAGGAGCCCGGAAAAGAAGAUGAAAAGGAAGAAAAUGAGUCAUGUACACAGGUCGAUUCUGAAAUGAAACCAGAUGAAAUGACAUGUACACAGGUUGAUUCUGAAAUGAAACCAGAUGGAAUGACAUUAGAGGACACAAAUUGAUGAUUUGAAGUGAAUUUGAGUAUGAGGAUUGUAUGUUUUGUUACUUAUGAUUUGUUUGUUUUAAGAAUAUUGUUUUGUGUUUAUAAACGUAAUAUAAUGCCGUUUAUUUUUGACA